AUAGGUCCCCAGGGCAAUAGGAAAUCAUGGGGCCCCUGUGUUCUCGCCCACAGUCAAACUACACCCAAAAAAGCCUAUGAGAGGUAUCAGGGGCAUCUUAUGGGGCCCCCUACUGACCCCAAGCCCUCGAGCAGUGCCAGAGUGGCUAAAUGGUCAGUCCGACCCUGCAGGGGCGGACUGACAACUCAUGGGGCCCCUGGGCAAUAGGGGAUCAUGGGGCCCCUGUGUCCUUGCCCAAACUCAAAAAAGCCUAUGAAAAAGGUACCAGGGGCAUCUCAUGGGCCCCCUACUGACCCCGGGCCCUCGGGCAGUGCCCGAGUUUCCAAAUGGUCAGUCCGCCCCUG